AGGGUUCUGUUUUAGGUAUUAACUUCCCCUAGUUCAUCAUCACUUUCAAAAGUUUAUUCACCAGCACCUAACGCUAGACAUCUGCGGAGUAUGUAAACAUCUAAGAGUAAGCACCGUAGUACCCCCUUUUGUUUGAAAUAGAAAAAAUCCACACCGGUUGCUUGAAUAAUUCUUAUUGUUCCUCUUCGUGCGCGCCAACAUGAGCGGGCGUGCGAGUAAAAGGCCCAUGAACAAAUGUGGUCGCAUUACUGGGCUAGAUCUUACUCUUAGCUGAAGGUAAAACCAUGUCAGGCUCCGGUACCGGUGCAGAGGGAGGUGGUCUUUUCGCCUCUGAGCGAGAUUUCUCGGAAAUCGUGGACUCCUCUGGCGACGAAAACGAGUUUGACAAUGCGGCACUAUCAGGCACGAACACUUACGGAACAUCGGCCGAUUUUAUUUCCUACUCAAGAAAUAACUCAUUCAGUUUCAGCAACAGCAUUGAAAAAAUAAACUCGCCCCUCGCUACUUCUGCACGAGCCUCAGAAAUUUCCACGGCCAAUAGCACCCCGGUAGGAGGAGUUCUUCCAGCAGGACUUCUAAACCACCCAUCCGCGGCGACCAGGAGCAGCAAUCUAUCCUCUUCACAUGACGUAGGACUUGCCACAGCGAGCAGUGCAACUACAACUUUCAGCAGUUUCGAAAGAGUGAAAUCCGCCGCCCGGCACUGGACGCAAUGGCUUCGGAGAUCGGAGCCCAGAACCCCAAUUUGUUCAUCCGACGGUCAACUACCUGUAGACCCUCUCCACGGAAAACACUUCCCCUCCUCGGCUCACGAGCACGAGUAUUUACAAAAACUCAAGGUGUCGGAGGAGAUCGAAAGGAAAAAACGGGAAGCUGCGCAAAGGAGCAACUUGCGGAUAAAAUUCAGCGAGAAACCGGCGCCGUUGCCGAACGAUUUGCACGACCCAUUUGCGUUGCAAUUCGGGAAUGUGAAGACGAAUGGUCUUGCGCCGAUGUUGAACAAUAAGACUACUACUACGCGAGGUGGUUCUACUUUGCAGCAUUUGCAGUCUAGCACCCAAAACCCAGAAGAACAAAGAACGCCUCUUCAUCUUGCUGGUGUUGGCCUCCGGUUUCUUCCGUCUGACUGGAUGGGGAAAGAGGAAGAGCAUGACUCGCCGGAAAGGAAUGAGCUACUCUCAGCAGGCUCCUCGUCGACGAUGAACAACUACGGCAAUAGUCAUGACGGAUCAUCCUCUGUUAUGCACAACAGUUACGACUCCCUGCAACAACUUCCGUUUUACAACCAGGAGGAGCAGCAGGUGGAGCACUACGGCUGGACGGUUGAGGAGGAAGACGCCGACCACAGCAUUGAUUCCGUCGUGAUUGACAUGCAUUUAGCGGAAGGGAUCCACCGAAACGACGAACAGCAUUACGAGAAUCUCUACAGCGACUACCUGGGCUUAGAUCCAACAACGGACGACGGGUCUUUUAGUUUAACCAGCAGUCGUUCAAGCACCAGGUCCUCCUCGACCACGAACGCGAGUCUGAUCCUGAAAAAGAUGCUCCCCGCGGGGUUUGGGACGCGAGAGGGGGUACGGGAUCUGGAAAGAUUACUGCGCCCGAAACCACCGGGGAGACAGCAGCAAAUCACUGAUUUUUACCCAAACUACGGGAUGAACAAGAAUCAGAACGAACAUCACCCGAAUUAUGUGACCGACGGAAGAACCCCCGCGGCUCCUACCAAGAUUAAUAAGCACUUGUCGAGCGAGGGCGUGCCGUUCCAUAGUGGUGGAUAUAAUUUUCCAGAAGGUGGAACAACUUCUACACAAAGGGAACGGCCACCUAAAUACGAUUCUUACGGGCGCCCGCUUUCAACAUCAGCGUACAAUGGAACUACGACUAAACACCCGCAUCACUCGAAAAUCCGCCAUUUGAACGCAAAACUAGACCAAUUUCUCUACACCGUUCUUAGUUUCGUGCCCGGAUUUCAGUAUUUGGCGGCGGACUUCUUCGGGUCAUCAAGAACAUCCUCAGGCUCUGCCACGCCGCAAUAUGAACACAAUUUUCAUCAACAAGAAAACAACAUGAACCAGCAGCGGCAACAGCAGAUGCAAAGCCACAUGGUUUACCAAAACAACAAUAAUUAUCGCCACAGUAAAGUAGUGACUGAGAAUCAAAAGCAAAAACACCGGCGGGAAACGGCUCUCAUCCUGAUCGUGAUUUGCAUCGGGGUUGGGUUCUCCGGGGGGAUUGUGAUUGCGCAUCUGACGCACUUACUGCAAGAGCAGCUGCACAUUGACCAUCCGUUGCACUUAUGAACUGCAAAAGCAUCGUACUCGUGUAAAUGCAUUACAAAUUUCCUCAGCAUGAGAAAUAAAAUCUGUAAUGCGGAUUGACCUUAAGAAAAAGAUUUGUGAUGCAUGACUGCAAUAGUACGAUUGCGAUAGUUUUGCACAGGAUAGCAUUUCUUUCUCGGCACGAAAAUCGUGCACGACCCGAAGACCAAUAUGAGGAAGAAGAUUCUUCACAUAUUGCAAUGAAAAAUGCCCCCAACCCCGAACUUGGGAGCAUUUGUAUUGCAAACCGUUGCAAAUGAAACAUUCGCCCUCUUGCGUGUAUCAGCAUCACAGAUUUCCAAUCGUGAAUAGAAAAAGUUUGUAUUGCGCAAGAUCGCAGCAAGAGCGGCGCUUGUCAUGCAAGCAAUGCGAUAUACGCCUAGAUUUUGCAGCAG